AUGCGAAGCGGCUGGACAGGCAACUUUCUGCUGAGUGCAUUAAGUCCAGCCACCGCGUAUGAAAUCUACAUUGCAGCCAACACCGCGCGAGGCAGCAGGGCCAAGUUGAAGUUCGAGGUUCAAGUCGAGACCAAGUUCAAGGACGAAGACAUGGACGCUCAAGACACGAUGCAAGGGGCAGUCGGGUGA